CCCGCCUCCCGGGCUCAGGUCAAAGGAGAGCCGGGAAGUGGUGCUGCGGCUGCCUUCCGGUCUCCGGCCCCUGACCCUCCCAGGACCCGUGAUGCCAAGGCCGCUGCAACGGGCGACGCGCAGCCGGGGCUGAGCCCCAAGUGAGCUGAGGGCUCGCGCUCUUCUGGUCUCCCGGGCCCGCCCCACCUGAAGAAAUGAGUGGUGGAUUGGCCCCAAGUAAAAGCACAGUGUAUGUAUCCAACCUGCCCUUUUCCCUGACCAACAAUGACUUAUAUCGGCAGCACUAUUCACAAUAGCCAAGAUGUGGAAACAACCUAUAUGUCCAUCAACAGAUGAGUGGAUAAAGUGGUGUGUAUAUACACAAUAGAAUACUACUCAGCCGUAAAAAAGAAUGAAAUAAUGCCAUUUGCAGCAACGUGGAUGGACCCAGAGAUUAUCAUGCUAAGUGAAAUAUUUUCCAAGUAUGGCAAAGUUGUAAAGGUUACUAUAAUGAAAGAUAAAGAUACCAGGAAGAGUAAAGGGGUUGCAUUCAUUUUAUUUCUGGAUAAGGACUCUGCACAAAACUGUACCAGGGCAAUAAACAACAAACAGUUAUUUGGUAGAGUGAUAAAAGCAAGCAUUGCUAUUGACAAUGGAAGAGCAGCUGAGUUCAUCCGAAGACGAAACUACUUUGAUAAAUCUAAGUGUUAUGAAUGUGGGGAAAGUGGACACUUAAGUUACGCGUGUCCUAAAAAUAUGCUUGGAGAACGUGAACCUCCAAAGAAGAAAGAGAAAAAGAAAAAAAAGAAAAUUCCUGAACCAGAGGAAGAAAUUGAAGAAGUAGAAGAAAGUGAAGAUGAAGGGGAAGAUCCUGCUCUUGACAGCCUCAGUCAGGCCAUAGCUUUCCAGCAAGCCAAAAUUGAAGAAGAACAAAAUAAGUGGAAGCCCAGUUCAGGGGGUCCCUCGACGUCCGAUGACUCAAGACGCCCAAGGAUAAAGAAAAGCGCUUAUUUCAGUGAUGAGGAGGAGCUUAGUGAUUAAAAUUAUCUAUAUUAUGUAAAUAUCAUUAAAAAAUUUUUAAAAUCUUGGAGUACCAAGUUCCAUUGGGACUAAAGAUUACUUUUGGAAUUUGAACAUAAGAACACGUAGUACCAAAUAGUUUUUUACUUUAAAAUAGUUCAUAGAGAAUUGAAAAGUAAUUCUAAAGUAUCAUGUUUAUCUUGCAUCAAGAUUUGCUAAUAAUCAUUCAUCUUGAAAAGAGUUCAUUUGAAUAAAAAAGAAAACUUAAUACUAUCAUAAUAAUGCUAUUGUCAUCCCAAGAAAAAAGGUAGAUAGUAAAAAAGAUUUGUUUAAGAAGUUCGUUAUAAAAGUUUAUUCAUGAUUUGCUUAUAUGAGGACUUUUGAAAUAAAUUUCAUCUUUAAAACAAAAACUUCAUAAACACUGUGAAGAGGUUGAAUGAUUUAUUGUUAUUAAUGUUAAUAAAAUUUUCUCAAGAGAAUUUUAUUUUUAAAUGUGGGUGUUUUGUCAUCUUAUUUCUUUUAGCUUUAUCCCAAUCUGGAUACAUUGUAAUUACCCAUAAAAUUUAAGGUAAAGUAGCUGGCAAAGGCUUGUAACCAGACAGCAGUAAUUUGUCCCCUGGCACCAAGUUCCAUUCCCGAAAAGCAGCCAGCUUCUUUGUUUCUUUUCACAUGUACAUACAUCAUGCUAAAUAAAAUACAUAUAUUUCUGCCACUUAAUCCAUAAAGGAAUGAAGGAGGACUUUUCAAUCUCCUAUACCCCCCUCUGCCUCCUCCACCUUCCCAACAUGGCUAUGUUAAAAUUUUUGGUUAAAUCCAUAUUUUAUUGUUUUUAUUUUAUGACUGUUGAAAUACUGUUCACCUCAGAGCUAAUGAGUGUGCUAUGAUUACAUCUUCCUAGAGUUAAUAACUGCCUUGUUUUUCUCGUGUGUUAUAUUUCUGUGUAUUUAUGACUAAAUAUUCCCAUACCUUUUGCAGAUGAUUAAAUGGGAAUGAGAUUAUGAAGCCUUUGUCUACUUUCUCUAUUUCUGUACUAUUGAAUGCUUUUUAAAAGAACAGCUAUUCUUUCUUAA